AGGAAGCAGCGCGGAUGUAAUUUGAUGGUGCGCGAGCUCCUCUUCCGGUCUCUUUUCCCUUAGCCACCGGACGAAAAUGACGAAGGGAACAUCAUCUUUCGGAAAGCGCCGGAACAAGACGCACACCCUGUGCCGUCGUUGUGGGUCCAAAGCCUACCACCUGCAGAAGUCCUCCUGUGGCAAGUGUGGCUACCCCGAGAAGCGCAAGAGAAAGUACAACUGGAGCGCUAAGGCCAAGAGGAGGAACACCACUGGAACUGGCCGUCUGAGACACCUGAAGGUUGUCUACCGCAGAUUCAGGAAUGGUUUCAGGGAAGGCACCACCCCCAAACCCAGACGUGCUGCAGUGGCCGCCUCCAGCUCAUCCUAAAAGACACAUUUUUGGUUAAAUAAAUGUGAUGUUAAACAGGAGUUUCAGUCUUUGAGCCUUAUUGUUUGGCCAGUCCUGGCUAACGGCAGUUCAUAAUUGAUGUGAUCAACAGAGUUUAUAUACACAGGGGGUUAAAACUUUAUUCCCACUUGGUACAUUUGUACAAAUCUCUAGUAAAAGUUGAACUUUUUGUCAAACACAAACCUGAAAUAAAUGUUUUUGGAGACAUCAA